ACCUCACACUGGUAUAAAGGCCGUGCCCCUCCAGCCGCAGGAAGGCAUUCGAGACCACUCGCACCCGUGGGGACUACUCGGUCAGCCCGGGCUCAGCCUCCGUACUAACAUACCAUCGUACACGUCUCCAGCAGCCUGGUCAAACACACGUCAGAAUGCCUCCCUACGAGAAAUCCAUGGAAAUUAUGCCUUUCAAACAAAGGAAGUGCCUGGCCACAAGAAAAGAUGAAGUCUGCACUAUUCGAUCUAAGUUCCCUAACAAAUUGCCGGUAAUCGUUGAGAGAUACGUUCGGGAGAAAAAGCUUCCCCUGCUAGACAAAACCAAAUUUCUUGUCCCAUAUGAGCUCACAUUAGGACAGUUCCUCAGUCUACUCAGAAGUAAGAUAGUGCUGGAGGCCUCUCAAGCCCUGUACCUACUGAUCUCAGGAAAGAACAUGUCCUGUUUGUCAGCCAGCAUGGGAGAGGUUUACUCACAGUACAGAGACCCUGAUGGCUUUCUCUAUAUAACGUAUGCUUCCCAGGACAUGUUUGGGUUAUAUUGAGCCCUUCAAAAUGAAGAAAAGAAGAUUUUGCUUGCACUACUCUUCAAGCUGAUCUUCCUCAGUCAUGGUUCUUUAAGUACCUACAGGACACAAACAGUCCCUGGGAUGUCCUGUUACAAAGAGAGGGAGAGGUUCCUUGGUCAUCCUCCAUGACUGUGCAUCAGUGUUCCAAAAACUAACAUGAAGGAGAUGGACAAACAAACAACACUUGUGAUCACCUACUCUGGUAUGAAAAUGAGUGCAAACAACACAGUCAUUCUGCACUUAGCUACAACUGUGGCUGGGAAACCUCAAUAAAUCAGUUAAGUUCUUUUAAAAUAAUUUCUGAUUGUUUUUUUCUUUAUCCAUUUUGUAAGAUUCUAUGGAAGCCAGAUCUCGCCAUGGUAUAUAUAUA